CAUUUUGUUGGGGUAUCGGUAGUUCGUUCAGUUGUGGGGGAAAAAGUCAGUGGGAUGUUCAUUAAAGUGAUGACGAAUUUGACGUCACGGCAUCAGGAAGUGGAUCCGCACGUGCUUCCUUUCGCGACCUCGUCCCGACGCCGCUAACAUGCCAAAAGCCAAGCAGUCGAAGCGGAAAAAGAAGUUCGACUACAGCAAGAACCGCAAAAAUCUGAAGAGAAAGUUCCAGAAGAAGAGCCGUCCCUGGAUUGAAGAUUCACACAUUAGAAAUGCCUGGGAUGACAGUAAGUCCACCGCCUCCAACCUGCUGGCGAUGGGUCUGUCAUCUGACCCGAACCGGACCCUGCCGGUGAAGAAGACGAGGAGCGCUCCACAAAGGGCCGGCAUCAUCACCAAACCCUACAUCCUCAACCAGCUGGAAGAAGAAGCCAGCCUCCCUGAGAAGGACUGCAAGACGCUGUCGUCUGACCUGAUGGAGUACGUCCAGUACAUGGUCCGCCAGCACAAGGACGACUACAAGGCGAUGGCUAGAGACGAGAAGAACUAUUACCAGGACACCCCCAAACAGAUCAAGAGGAAGAUCAACGAGUACAAACGCUGCCACCCGCAGCUCUUCCAGGCCUUCCUGAACUCGCUGGGCGCUCCAGAACCCAUGGUUCAGUAGGUGGGGCUGACGUGGGCGGGUGCAGAGCUGGACUCACUGACCCGAGCGGCCCCUGAGACGGUCCCCCCGCUCCAAACAUCCAAGGAUUUCUUUGAUGGACAGACAAUAAAAGAACAAAGUGAAACUGUGUCUGGAUGAUCUCAGCGCUCGAACCUUCAACUUGGUUUGUGGCCGUGUUUCUGUUUACUGCUGCUGUGAUUGGAUUAUUGAUUGGAUCCGCCCCUUCCAAGCUGUUUCCAUAGCAACUGUACUCGUACACUGACGCUCUGGGACGACGAAGCUCAAACAUUUGUCGUUUUUUAUUUUUUUUAAAUAUGUCAAAAAAUUAAAGUACCGAGUUUUUGAUCUGAAAAAUAAACAAAAUGGAAAUAAUUGGA